CAAAGGAUGUUUGUCACUGUCCUGUUUGGAGAUGGCAGGAUGGAAAUGGUAAAUCUUAACUGUAAACUGGUCAACUUCAUUCAUCAUCUGAAGGAAAAGUGUGGUCUGGAUUUCAAAGACUAUGUGGAGCUGAUGGACAGUGGCGGUCGAGUGAUGAACCUGGAGCUAUUGCAGCACAGCGUGGCUCCAGCCAGCAGCGUGCUGGCAGAGAGGCAGCGCUACGUUCUCCUGCGAGUCUGCAAAGCGGAUGAAGAAUCUGGGGGUUGCAAAUAUGUCUCUCUCCUGAAUAACACCAAGAGUCACCCUGAAUUUACAGAACUGCUGAAGAAAGUGUCAAAUUCCUGCAAGGAGUCAGAAAGAAAGAUCAGAAGAGGACAUACACAAAGGUGUAAAAACAACUCUUCAACUGACAGCAAUAAGUAACCUCAAACGUUUCUGAUUUCUCUAAUUAAUUUAUGAAACCCCUCCAACUCCUAAGUUGGCAAUGGUGAUUUGCAUAUCAAAGACUGAACCACCUUCUCUCACACCUGCAUUAUUAAUUUAAACUAACAUGUUAAAAAUAGGAAUUUAAUUAGAAAUAUGUUGUCUGUUGAUAAGCUACUCUGCCAACAAACAUAUAAAGUACUGAUUUAAAAGGUCAGAGAAACCUCUAUUAAUGUCUGUGUUCUAAUUUUGCCUAAGAUGCAAACUGGUCUGUUACAGCCACUAUUAGAGUUUCUAAAAAUACGUCUCUCCCUGUCUUAUAUCAACUUUAUCAAAACACUGUAAUACAAUAUCUGAUGCAUCUCCAUGUUCUCUUCUGACUAGCUUGUUCACCCUGCUGUCUUUAAUUCAAUUCAUUUCAGUUAAUUUAUAUAGCACCAAUUCACAACACAUGUCAUCUCAAGGCACUUUACAAAGCCAAUUCA